GGUGAGGAAUAAAGCUACAGGCAUCUGCUGCUUCUCCUAGGCGAUAUAUUACAUAUAGGCAGUAAUUUCCUUUUUUUUCGUCUAAACGCAUCAUGAUAUGAUGGUUUGUCAUAUGCUUAUUUUUUAUUGUAUAUCUGCUUUGAGUGUCUUAAGGAAAAACAACUACAAUAUUUUAUUUUAGGAAGGUUGAUGAGCUUCUUUUUUUUUCUGAAGGGAUAUUCCAAUAUAUUGAUGUAAAUAAGAUGCACUAUAAGAUCAGCGGUCUGGUUCGACUGAUAUCCAGAUGAUGAAAGCGGGAGGCAGUUAUUUUCUUCAUGUGGCAGAGAUGGAUGUGAAAACAGCCCCAUCAGCGAUGGAAGCCUUAGCUCGGAUCAGCUCUAACAUGAAGAGUCUGGAGCAUGAGUUGCAUUGUCCUGUGUGUAAGGAGAUUGUCAAGCAGCCGGUGGUUCUGCCGUGCCAGCACAGCGUCUGCCUGUUGUGUGCCUCCGAGGUCUUGGUGGCUAACGGCUACCCUCCUCCUGAGCUUCCCCCAGAGCCCAACUCUCCUGCCUCCACACCUAACACACGCUCUCCUCGUCAAGCACGCAGGCCCACUCCCAAACACGAACAGCGGCCCUUCGACCGAGUCCUACGAUCAGGUCCCCAUCCGCCUUCACCAUCCAUGCCUCGUUCUCCUGGACAUGGAACAUAUCCAGGGCGCCGCCGCAAGGAGGGUCCUCCUCUUGUGAUGAUGUUUCCCUGCGUCCCCUGUGGCCGAGAUGUUGAGCUGGGAGAGAAGGGCCUGACUGACUGUCUCCGCAAUCUCACAUUGGAGCGCAUAGUGGAGAGGUACAGACACACCGUGAGCCUGGGCAGUGUUGCUGUGAUGUGCCAGUUCUGUAAGCCUCCUCAAACUCUGGAGGCCACCAAGGGCUGUGCUGAUUGCCGGUCAAAUUUUUGCAAUGAGUGUUUUAAGCUCUAUCAUCCUUGGGGAACACCGCGAGCGCAGCAUGAGCACAUCCAGCCGACACUUAAUUUCAGACCAAAGGUUCUGACCUGCACGGAGCACGACCAGGAGAAGCUGCAGUUUUAUUGCAGGUCCUGCCAGCGGCUGCUCUGUCCACUCUGCAAACUGCGACGCAUCCACACUGGACACAAAAUCCUCCCGGUGGCACAGGCUUAUCAAGCCCUCAAGGAGAAGAUAACUAAAGAGAUGAACUACAUCCUGUCCAGCCAGGACACAGUUCUGGCUCAGAUCACCCAGCUAGAGAGCGCCAUCACUCAGACUGAGGUGAACAGCGUAUCAGCCAGAGAGCAGCUUGCCCAGAGCAUCAGGGAUCUGACGGCUGCCCUAGCUGAGCGCCACGCCUCGCUCACCCAGGCUCUGGAGGCGGCGCGGCAGAAACGAGGAGAGGCGCUGUCUGCUCAGGUGGCGGAGAGACGCGGCUUGAUGGAACACGCAGGGCUCAUGGCUUUCACUCAGGAGCUGCUGAAAGAAACUGACCAGCCCUGUUUUGUGCAGGCUGCUCGUCAAACUCAUAACAGGUUGAGCAAAGCAAUUGAGAAUCUUCAGCAUUUCACUUUGGCCGCUGAUCCAUCCUUCAGACACUUCCAGCUGGAUGUUUCCAAAGAACUCAAACUCCUGACAGAGCUGAACUUCAUCCAGGCUCCUCUGGCUCCUGUGAUCGACACCCAGCGCUCUCUGGCGUACGACCAGCUCUUCCUGUGCUGGCGUCUGCCUCAAGAGUCUGUGCCCGCCUGGCACUAUUCUGUAGAGUAUCGCCGCCGAGGCGUGGUGCCUGGAGGUGCUUCCAGGGGUGGGAUAAGAGGGGGGCUCUCUGCCGCCAGAUGGGGCUGGCAGCGGCUGGAUGAGGUGAACGGAACCAGCGCCGUGAUCGACAGGUUGGAGAUGGACAGCGUGUACGUGCUCCGCGUGAGAGGCUGCAACAAGGCGGGUUAUGGAGAGUACAGUGAGGAGGUGUACCUGCACACCCCACCUGCACCAGACAACGAGUUCUCUGAUGUUCAUGGAAAAGGUCUUACCUGCGUGCACAAUUUCUAAGUCUUCUUCACCGGCCUGCCUGGUCUCUAGCACAACGUCUCUUGCAAGUACCAACACUCUUGGAUCUUACUCCUGGACCUUUGGUGUCCAUGCUGCAAAGCCUGCUAAAUAAAACCCCUACAGAUCCAUGCUACCUCCCCUUCAGUUCGCCAGUAAGGAAAUCAAUCAGUCAUCAAUUGUCAUUAACCAACUCCUUCCCAAUCACUAUGCGUUCUCCCCUCAGACCAAUCAGAAAGUUCAACUGAGUUCCUGCAGUCCGCCGCUUCCAGAUUUUUGUUUUUACGUUUGUAAAUAAAUCUUUAAAAUUCACUGGUUCUGUACAUAAUUCUGCAUGUGGCUCAAAAAAGUGACAAACAACAUCACAAAAUCCUCUGGCAAGUCUGGCCCGGCAGAAACUCCCUCGCCCUCUUGCACUGAACAUGAAUUUUUUUCAUCAUCACGAUCAGUUAAUCCACUUUUUUGCUGCACAGCAAAGGGGUUUAGAGCAGUUUACAGACAUGUUUCAGGUGCUGCUUUACAGAAUCACUUCUGCAGGAUACUGAGCUAACUCAUCCCUCAACUUCACAUUUGUAUUUUGCCAACACCCAAAAGAGAUCAAGCCCUGCAGUAGGCUGAAGCAAGAUUUGGGGUGAGUUUCAAUUCCAAAUUUGCUUAAAUUUUCCAGUUUACCGCUGAAUUCAAACAGAUAUUUGGAAAUACUGAGUCAGUUUCAGAUAUUUUCUGUAAGAUGUGGAAUUUAAACAGUGUAACCACCCGAUAUCAGACUCUGCCAUUGAGUUUUGAACUCUGGCAGCCUCUUCAGCCUUGAACCUUGAAGCUUUAAAGGGUGUUUUUUUUUAAGCCUUGGAUAAAAGACUUAAGGAUCAAGUAGUGUUCAGAAAGGAGUCUAAAACUCUAGAGGAACUAAUCUCUCCGGCUAUUCGCUUUGGCAACAGUUUUCAGGGGAGAUUCUGGAAAACAACAAAAUCAUUUACCUCUUCCCGAAUCUCAUCUUCCAGAUUGUUCACUGGCUUCUGUUUCUUUUAGGCCAGAUCUAGAGGAACCGAUGUAGAUUGGCUGUACCCGGUUUUCACCUGAAGAACAGCAACGUCAGAAGAAAACUGGGCUCUGCCUGUAUUGUGGUGAGAUUGGUCACUUAAUUUCUUCCUUCCCAAAGCAGCAAAAAGGGAAGUUUUAAGAACAGAUGCUUUCUCAUGACAUUACCCUGCUCUCUCCUACUAAAUCAGUCCCUCUUUUGCUGUAAUCGUUUCUGGUUGUGAACAAAGCCUUAUGGAUAACAAUUUAGCUGAACAAUUACUUAUCACCUACUUGAACAACUUCAUGUCUCGGCUCUAGAUGGAAGUUCUUUGCAUGAAAUCACGCACUGAAGAGAGACAGUAAAACUUUGUGUCAGGCAAUCAUAUUGAGGAAAUGAUUGUUCCUUUUUACUCCUCACUCCCAUCUCCCAUUGUUUUAGGGUACUAUUGGCACACCCUUCAAAAUUCUAACCAGCACUUGAAAGACAAUAGAGUUAAGUCAUGCAGUAACCACUGUCUGUCUACAGUCUGCCUCUUCUUUAUCAAAGCCAAGAAGUGUGAGUUUCAUAACACACCAGUCACCUAUUUGUGACACACUCUCUGAGCAGGCAGGUGAAGACAAAUCCAUAGAAGAUUCAAGCCAUUCUCAAUUGGCUUACUCGCUCAACUCGCAAGCAGCUACAAUGUUUUUUUUAGGAUUUGCCAAACUUCUAUCUCAGAUUCAUUAAAAACUACAGUCCAACAGCUCAACCCCUCACUAGCCCUACAUUCUCCAAAAUACCUUUCAUGCAGUCACCUGAAGCCGAAAGCACUUUUUGGAGCUCAAGAAAAGGUUUGCCAAUGCCCUCAUCUGUUUCAGCCAGAGAAAUGGUUUUCCCUGAAGUUGAUGCCUCUGGUUUAAAAGUGGGUGUCGUCUUUUCUUAAAGUCCCUCUGAUGAUAUAAACUUAAUCCAUGUACUGUCUUUUCCCUUUGAAGGCACAUAGGAAAAGAAGGCAAAGCUAGUCACCAGCCUCACAGGGGUCUUCUUCAACCAUUGCAUAUCCCUAAACACGUAUGGUCCCAUAUAGGCUUGGAUUUCAGUAAAGGACUACCUCCAUCUAAGGGUUUCACCCCCAUCCUCACUAUAAUUGACCGCUUCUCCCAAGCCUGCCACCUCAUCCCUCUUCCCCGAAUUCCAGCCUCCCUUGAGACAUCUCAGCUCUUUACUAAGCAUGUUUGUACAGCGGUCAGCAAUUUAUCUCCAGGGUCUAGAAGGAUUUUUGUACUUCUUUAGUGGCGAAGACUUAGCCUGACGUAGUCCUACUCAAUUCUAGUCAGAAUAUGAGUCUGAUACUGCUCUAUAGAGCUGUGAUUAUGGGGCGUGUUUUGAACG